AUGAGUGAUCCACCAGAUCCAAUUGUACAACAGUGUCACAGAGAUAUGAUGAAGAAUGUGGAAUUUGCCGGUGAUGAGUCGGAGACUGUCCAUAAUUUUUUAAAUGAAAUUAAAGCUAUUGGAGAAAUGACAAAUCAAAUCGAUACAACGUUAUUUUUAAUGGCAAUAUCUAAACUAACAGGGUCUGCACGACAAUGGUACAUUGAUAAUAAAUCAGCAAUUAAAACAUGGAGUACAUUACAACAAGAAAUGAUCCAACGUUUUAAACGAACAACAUCAUCAAUAAAAACUGAAUUGCGUGAACGAAAACAACAAUUAGACGAACCCGUUACAAAAUAUUAUGACGAUAUUAUCCGAUUAUGUCGGGAAAUUGAUCCACAGAUGACAGAUUCUAUGAUCAUUGGUUACUUGGAGGAUGGGUUGAGAGAUGAUUUACAAGAACAAACGAUGUUACAAAUGAGCGUAUUAUCCGAAUCAGAUAAAACAACAAUAAAAUUUCUACAAAUUGCAAAAACCGUGGAAGAAGUACGUAAACGUCGUCAGUAUUCUGAACCAGCAGCACAACCGUAUUUCGUAAAAUCGAUCACAACAGCCUUACAAGCGACACCAUAUCAAUUUCAAAAUAUUCCGCAACCGACGAAUCCAUAUCUUCAGUACAAGAAUCCACGAUACCUACCAAAUCAACGUACACCGACUUCGCGUCAACAAGGAAAUCCGCAACCACGUCCAUCGUUUUUACUUAAAAAUCCACAACAACCGUUGAAUUCAUCAUUACCUAAACCGAAUCAAUACGAUCCUUGUCUCAUAUGUGCUCGUAUUAAUCAUCGAACAAUAGAUUGUUAUUAUAAAAAACCCAGUGGUUGUUAUAAAUGUGGUCAACCCGAUCAUUUGUCAUCGUUAUCGUCGAGUCCAAUCUAUAUCCAAGUCCAAGUGAAUGCAACACCGCAACAUGCGAUCGUCGAUACGGAAUCCGCUGUCACCAUUAUAAAUCAAAGAUUAUUGACGAAAAUUCAUCAUAAAAAAUUCAUUUAUAAACGAAAAUCUUAUUCAGCAGCUAAUUGUACAUCUGUCAAUAUUGUCAGCGAAAUUCAACUAGAAGUUAAAAUCCACGGAUAUAGAACAUAUAUAAAUGCCGAUGUUGCAACGAACCUCGUUACAGAUUUAUUGCUUGGCAAUGAUUGGAUAGAGCAAAACAACAUCGUCAUUGAUACACCACAACGACGUAUUAUCAUCGUGAAUAAAUAUUUCCGAAUAAUAACAUCAACAUCAUUCGUCGAACCCCCUGACCUUCAUUAUCCAGUAUUUUUAAUCAAUCAAGUCACUAUUCCUUCGUAUUCUGAGCGAUACAUCGACGUACAAGUACCAUCACUUUUUGGUAAUAUUAAUAAUGUUAUGUUUGAACCUAUCGGUAACUUAUAUUCCAAAUCAAUUCUGACUGCAAAAGCAGUACUUAAUGUUAACAAUAGUCAAACACGAAUUGUAAUUAUUAAUGCCAACAAUCGCCAAUUUACAUUGUCAAAGAAUACAAAACUAGGUGUAAUUUCAUAUCAGUCAGGAUGUAAUAUCUGUCUUACGAUACCCGCAACACCAAAUGAAAGGAGCGCUCGUGUUUUGGCUAAUCGAUCCUGUGUCUUGCCAGUAUUCCAGAAGAGGAAAGUCCGUUUUACGGAUCCUUCCUGUAGAGCAAGACAAACCUAUGACUGCCACUAUGAAUGUUAUGUUUGUCAUGAAAAAUAUUUAACUGGUAAUGAUCUACAACAGCACCUACGUCAAAAAUGCUUUCCAUCAGAAAUCCGUCAGCAAAUUGAAAAUUUAACAAAACAUAUCGAGAAUCCGAAACAUCGACAGCAACUACAAGAUAUUUUAUGGAAGCAUGGGAAAUUAUUCGAUUUCCGUCAACCGUCAGUAAUAAAAACAACAUUACGUCAUGCUAUUGACACCAGUAAUCAUCCACCUAUAUACACACCACCAUAUCGACAUUCAUGGAAGGAUGAACAAAUACAACGAGAAGAAAUUGAUAAAUUACUUAAACAAGAUGCCGAAUAUUUUACCAUCAUUGAUUUCAAAUCAGGUUAUUUUCAAGUUCCUCUCGACCCUAAAGAUCGUCCAAAAACAGCAUUUUCCACCAGAGAUCAACAUCUUCAAUUCACCGUUUUGCCUCAAGGCGUUACCAAUGGACCACCUACAUUUCAAAGAAUCGUCAACCAGAUAUUAGGACCGACUCGAUGGAAAUAUGCAUUAGCAUAUUUGGAUGAUAUUAUCAUUUAUUCUCAAACAUUUGAGGAUCAUCUGUUACAUUUGGAUGAUAUUCUCAAUCGUCUCAAUCAAGCAAAUUUUCGUCUUAAUGUUGAUAAAUGUAAUAUUGCACAACAAGCCAUCGAUUAUCUUGGACAUCAUAUUGAGCACGGUAACAUUAUGCCUAAUGCCGAUAACAUACGUGCCUUAUUGAAUACACCACAACCAACAACAGCAAAAGAAGCCUUUAGAUUUGUGAAGGCAGCAGAAUAUUAUCGUAAGUUCAUAUCGGGAUUCUCAAAAAUAGCACAACCAUUAUAUAAAUAUGCUCCAACGACCAAACAACAACAUUCAAGACGAUCACAAUCAACACCCAUCACAUUAUCCAAUGAAGAACAACAAGCGUUUAUUGAAUUAAAACGAAUAUUAACCAGCGAUUUAGCAUUACGUAUUCCAAAUGAUCAAUUACCAUUCAAAAUACAGACGGAUGCAUCAAAGCUUGGUAUUGGAGCUGUUUUAAUGCAGACUUAUUCAAAUGGUGAUCUUCCAGUUGCGUAUUUGUCCAAAAAACUAUCCUCAACACAGAUGAAAUGGCCUGCAACGGAAAUCGAAUGUUAUGCUAUUAUAUCAGCAAUUGAAAAGUGGCAUAAAUAUCUCGAUGGUCGUCCUUUUACAGUAGAAACGGAUCAUAAACCAUUAGAACCAUUGAAUUUAAAACAGCAACUUAAUAUGAAAUGCGAACGUUGGCGUUUAAAGUUGCAACGAUAUCAAUUCACCAUACGUUAUAUUAAAGGCAAAUAUAAUACAAUGGCAGAUUACUUAUCACGUUCACCAGUUGACGAUGCAACAGAAGAUCAAGACGAUUACGUCUCUAUGCAAUCUCGAUCAACACAAACCGAAGAUCCAAUAUCGUCACCGUACAUCGUAGCACCCGUGGUUACUCAAGCACAAGCCAAACAAAAAACACAAGAUGAUAAGAGGAAUGUCCGUCCGUUAACGGAUCAGUCCUGCGUGGCACAGCAACAGAAUAGGAACGUCCCUAUACCAGUGGAUCGGGCCUGUGUUGCACAAAACUAUCAACAAAUAAUCGAUGACACUCAAAUCAUUCCAUUCACCUUAGAUGAUAUUAAACGACAACAAGAUCGAGACGAUCAAGUAGAACAUAUUAAAAAUAAUAUUAAAAAUUUCAAACAUUAUUUCAUUGAUGACGGAAUUCUUAUGCGGAAACAACAACAUCCGAUCCCAUCAGUUCCAUAUGUUCCAAAAGGUCGAAUACGUGUCGAUAUUUUAAAAAUAUAUCACGAUACAGCAGCAAACGGUGCACAUUUUGGUCGUGAUAAAACAACAAGAAAAAUUCAACACCGAUAUUUUUGGCCAAGCAUGGUUAAAGACAUUCGUAACCAUAUCCAAUCGUGCAUACCAUGUUUACAGAAUAACCACCUACGCCGAAAAUCACCUGGUUCAUUAAAACCAAUCAGACCGCCCGAAGGUGUUUGGCAAUUAUUGUCAAUGGAUUUUCAUGGACCAAUUACAUCAAUAACACAACGUGGUAAUAAAUAUAUUAUUUCAUUAACUGAUGUAUUAACUGAUGACGAAGUUAUAUUAAAAUAUGGCACACCAAGAUGUAUUAUACCCGACAACGGCACACAUUUUACAGCGAAUAUAAUCGAAGAAUUAUUUAAGCAAAUUGGAGUUACACAUUUAUAUUCUACACCGUACCACCCGAUGACAAAUGGACAAAUCGAACGAUAUAACGCAACGAUGGAUGCUAAAAUAGCAGCAUUAUGUAAUGAAAAACGAACCGAUUGGGAUGAACAGUUACCAUUUGUUUCAUUCAAUUAUAAUACCAGUAUCCACACAACAACCGGACAAAUACCAUUUGAAAUGAUGUAUGGACGUUCACCCGUAUUACCAUUUGAUCAUCAACAACCAGUCGUCUCGCUUUCAAAAGAUCCACAACACGUUCAAAAAUUAAAUCAAUAUUUAUCGACAAUUACCGAAGGGGCCAAGCGAAAUAUUAUUCAGCAACAACAAAAGUAUAAGCAACGAUAUGAUACUCAUCGAUCCGAUCCAAAACACAAGGUUGGCAAUUUAGUAUUAGUCAAAACAAUUAGUAGUCGGAAUAAAUUCGAUAUUAGACAUGAAGGACCAUUUCAAAUCGUCCAGCAAAUCGGUCGAAAAACAUUUAUCGUUCAACAUGUUAAAAAGCUAACAUUAAUCAAACAAAUCACCACCGAUUCAAUCGUACCAUUAUUCGAACGAACAUACUCAACAAAUUAA